AUGGAGUCCGACGCAACAGUCGACCCUGUGGUAAUGGCCGCAAUGAUCUCCCGGGCUCGCCUGGACGCUUUCGUCUCAUUGUCGGAGGGUAAUUGCGAGAAGUUUAUCGAAUAUGGCAAGCAUUGUAUUGAUGCUCACGCCCAAGCCACCAAGGCUAUGAUGGAUGAUAUUGCAGAGCGCGUCGGCGACGGGGAGGUCUUUGACUGGGAGCAUGCGAUGGAAGAACUGAAGGUUGGCCUCUUUAAUUACUGUCAAGCUAUCGUGAAGGAAGCUGAACUGUUGAUGCCCGAGGCACUGGACCGUCCACCCAGGAAGUCUUCCUUGGAUUGGGCCCGCCGUCUUCCCUCUGGCAAAACAUCGUCCAACUCUCUCAGGAUCUCGCCCAUUCUCUCCAAGGACCCCACUAGGACUUCCGAAUCCUCGACUGAACCCAUGACGCCAACAUCCCUCAACAUGUCGGAUGCUUCAGGUGAAAGUCAUCUGAUUGCCUCUAGCCGACGACGACUUCGUCUCUUCUCGGUUAGCAGUGACGAUUGGAUCAAGUCUUCGACUGACUCCACGUCCGCGGACGAAUUUGAGGUUGUGCUUCCCGAUGGCAUGACGCGUGUGGACGAAUCCAUUCACCUCGGUGUGGUUAUGGGUAUUCUCAGCAAGUUGUACACUAUGGCGAAGCUGAUGCAGUCGAUCCUGUUGAGCUACGGUGUUGAGAGUGACACCUCGGAAUCCGGUCUUCUCUAUUGGACCAUCAGCUUCGAAGAGAACAUAACGAGCAACGAUCUGAAGACUUUGAUCAGCAUUGCGGAGAACCUGUUCUACUCACUGUACGCACGUGUCGUUAUCGAACUGGCCAAUAUUGAGUUGUGUGGUACCUUCAAAACCAGCAUUAUUUACAAGCGCAAUUCUGGUUCAUUCUUGCUCCCCGAGCCCGACCAUCUGUAUCGCAUCGUUCUCUCCUUCAAGGACGCACUGGAUGCCCCCGGUAUUUGCUCUCUGCUUCGAAAGGACGCGGCGAUUCACUUCCAGCAAAGCUACAUCUCGCAGAUUGUCGACAAGACCAAGAACGCCGAUUUUCCGCUCCACGACAAACUCGGAUAUCGUUCUCAUACCGCGAACAUUGUGCAGGACAGAUCCGGGCCCUACUGCACCAAGUGGAAGGCUCUUAUUCCCUUCUUCAACGUGAUCCCAUGUCGGAAUAUGGCCAUGAUGUCUGAGUGUUACCUCGCCCUGGCCCCUAGGAAUGCCACCCCAGACGACGUUCCAUUUGGACAGCUUCCCUUCAUCGACACCAGCAAGAUCGCAGCAGACGUUCGGGACGCGGAGAAUAUCAAGGAUAACCGCAUCGCAACACUUGCCAAGCUGGAAGGCACGAGCGUCGGAGAGGAGCGCCAGAAGGAUCCCAAGUGUCGCACCUACUACCUUGCCAAGCAGCGCAAGUGCGUGUGCUUUGCCAUCUGCGUUUGUGCCAAGGAGUGUACCAAGGACGUACUGCGCAGCUGCCCCUGUGCAGAGCGCCAUGUGCGCAUCAUGACUGUCCGACGUGGUCUUCACUACAGAUGGCCGGGUCUUGCUUUCUCUACCACCGCCGGCACUCUGGCUCGCAUGUUUUUCCAUGGCUUUGCAUCUCUGAGACGCGGUGUGACUGACCGCCAGAUUGCGGGAGAGCUGGAGCGGGCUUUCGAUUCGAUCGAGGCCCUGAUCACCAGUGAGCGUGAGAAGGAUAAGUCUAUGAAGCUGGAACGGGAGAAGGCCAAGCGGGAUUCGUGA